GCCAGGGAUUCUCCUUCAACCUCCUCCAGGGCCUCCAGCGCGCUCCCCUUUUUAUAUAAUUUGGCAUCCGCUCUUUGGGCUUCCAGAACUCUUCUCUUUUUCCUCUCCUCUCCUCCAUUCUCCAUCACAGCCUUCUUUCGUCUUCCUCCUAACCCCUCACACCAAAAUAUCCCCCACCAUGGCGUCCAUAGAGCUCAACGAGAAAUAUGACAACUAUGACUACCCCAUUGAGGGCCCCGAGCCGCUAGAGGGCCACAACGGAAACCUGAAACCCGAACAUCAGGCCAAGGUUCACCAGCUGCGUAUGAUGCUGGAGGCGGAGGGUGUCACCGAGCGCCUGGAUUCUCUGACUCUGCUGCGAUUCCUCCGAGCACGAAAGUUCGACGUUGAGCUUGCCAAGCAGAUGUUCCUCGACACCGAGAAGUGGCGCGCCGAGACCAAGCUCGACGAGAUCCUCCCCACCUGGGACUACCCCGAGAAGCCUGAGAUCUCCAAAUACUACAAGCAGUUCUACCACAAGAUUGACAACGAUGGACGCCCCGUCUACAUCGAGACCCUCGGCGGCAUUGACCUGACGGCCAUGUACAAGAUCUCGACUGCUGACCGCAUGCUCACCAACCUUGCUGUCGAGUACGAGCGCGUGGCUGACCCGCGUCUGCCUGCCUGCUCCCGCAAGGCCGGCCACCUCCUCGAGACCUGCUGCACCAUCAUGGACCUCAAGGGCGUCACCCUCACAAAGGUCCCCCAGGUCUACUCAUACGUCAAGCAGGCGUCUGUCAUUUCCCAGAACUACUACCCCGAGCGUCUGGGCAAGCUGUUCCUGAUCAAUGCUCCCUGGGGCUUCUCAACUGUCUGGGGUGUUGUCAAGGGCUGGUUGGACCCCGUCACCGUCAAGAAGAUCAACAUCCUCGGAAGCAGCUACCAGAGCGAGCUGAAGAAGCACAUCCCCGCCGAGAACAUCCCCAAGGAGUUUGGCGGUACCUGCGAGUGCGAGGGUGGCUGCGAGAACAGCGAUGCCGGCCCAUGGCACGACCCUCAGUGGGCCAAGCCCGCCAAGUGGGAGCAGAAGGCCGGUGCCACUGCCACUGCCACUGCCCCUGCUCCCGUUGUUGCUGAGGAGGUCGUCGCUACUGAUGCGGCACCUGCUGCGGCCUAAACGGGAUAGCUGUGAUUUUUGUCUGUGUUUUGGUUUGGUGUAUGGUGGGAAGAGGAAUAUUAGUACUACGAAGACGGUCUUCUGGACGCUCAUUUCUGUCUUGUUUUUUUCUUUUCAAACAAGACCUGUACGAGCAGAGGAGGAGGAGAGCUCUUCCAAAAAUUAUUACAUUGGGUUAAAGUGGGAAGCUGGAUUAGGUAUUUAGACUGGAGAGGGAUGAGAGAUACACAAUGGACGGAGCAGAGAAAGCUAGCUUUUUUACAUCGUUGACAGACUUUUCGUAUACACAUGUCUGGGGUUUUUGAUGUUUGC